AUGAGUUCUAAGCUGAUUAAAGCUCUUAUUCCAUUGCAAUUUGUGCUUUUCUUUGUGUGCAUUUCGAAGCCGUCCCGUUCGCUAAAGUACCACUUUUAUAGAGACAAAUGCGCCGGAGGUAAAUACGAAGUGGAGUCUAUUGUUAGCCGCGAAGUUAAGCUUUUGUUCGAAAAGGACAAGUCUGGAUCUAUUGCUCCUGGUUUACUAAGAUUGUUUUUUCACGACUGUUUUGUCCGGGGAUGUGAUGCCUCGAUCUUGCUAGACUCGACUCCAGGUAACCCGGCCGAAAAAGACGCGUCACCAAAUAAACCGAGCCUCAGAGAGAGUGCAUUAGAUGCAGUAGACUACAUCAAGGGUAGACUUGAAUUCCUAUGCCCAGGUGUCGUCUCGUGCGCUGAUAUAAUUGCGUUUGCAGCCCGGGAAAGUGUUGUGUUGACCGGCGGGCCUCCGUAUAAGGUGGCGGGCGGAAGGAAAGACGGCAUAAUAUCGAAAUCUGCGGAGGCACAGUUGAUCUUGCCAUCGCCUCAAUCUGACUUGAACACCAUCACCGCUGCUUUUAAAAACAAGGGCUUAACAGAACAUGAUAUGAUUGCACUUUUAGGAGCACACACAAUCGGGCAAUCCCACUGCAACUCCUUCAACAACCGGUUGCCCCCGAACCCCACCGACAUGGAUAAAUCGUCUGUAGCUGUUUUGCAGAAACUUUGUUCGCAGGGCCCAAACACACUGGUGAACAUGGACAAUGACACACCAAACAAGUUCGAUAACAAUUAUUACAACUACGUCCUCGAACACAAAGCCCUAUUUUCCUCUGACGAUGCCCUGCUAACGGGCCGAUUCUCACUGCCGUUAGUGCAAAAAUUUAAGGAAUCGCCCAAUAUCUGGUUCGAAAACUUCACGAUUGCUAUGGACAAUAUGGGGAAGCUUUCCGAUACAGAUCAGAGUAAUCGGGGUGAGAUUCGAUCUAACUGCAGACAGGUUAACUCACGGCAUUGA